GCACAUCUCUUAGAAAAACAUACAAUCUUGAUUUCAAAAUUUCCAGCGAUGAUGAACCUACCACAGCCUUUGGUCAUUGAUCAAAAAAUACUGAAUUUUCUAGGGCCAAAAUUUGGCCUCUGGGGCACCCCUGUGAAUGCUGACCGGGGGGCCGCUCAGCGGGACCUACAGGCUGCGACAGAUUCACUUCCAUUGGGGGUCCAAUGACGAAGCCGGCUCCGAGCACGCGGUGGAUGGGAUGAAGUACGCGGCAGAGCUUCAUGUGGUCCACUGGAACUCAGAAAAGUAUUCCAGUUUUGUCGAGGCAGCUCGUCAGUCAGAUGGAUUAGCAGUCAUGGCUGUAUUUCUGAAGAUUGGUGAAUGCAACCCUCAGCUGAAGAAGAUUACUGACCGCUUGGACACCAUCAGAAUCAAGGGUAAAAGAGCACUAUUCACAAACUUCGAUCCUAGCUGUCUGCUUCCCAAGUCCCUGGACUACUGGACUUACUUUGGCUCUCUCACUGUUCCACCUCUUCUUGAAAGUGUCAUCUGGAUUGUUCUGAGAGAGCCCAUAAGUGUUUGUUCUGAACAGCUAGCCAAAUUCCGCAGCCUCCUGAGCACUGCUGAGGAUGAGGUCGCCUGCUGCUUGCUGAGAAACUACCGGCCUCCCCAGCCUUUAAAGGGACGAGAAGUCAGAAGGAAUUAAAGGAGUAAAGCCAGAGUAGUCUCCCUCUGAAACCAAAGGCUGAAUUAAUUUUAAUAGUUAAUAUACUUUGUGAUUUUUUUUUUUGUGAGUUGUUAUAACAAAUAGGUAUUGUUUUAUUAUUGGUUACUAUGCAGUCAUUUCUCACAGACAAGUAUGUCCUGAGUUGUUGCAGGUUCAUUGAUGUUAACAGGUCUGACUGUGUUUGAGUGCGUUGGUUUGGGAGCAUUGAGGCAUUAGCGUUGCAUGCACAGAGGGCAGUGCUAAUCGUAAGGGUCAGAUGUGGUGAAGGAGUUGUCCAGAAUUUGCCACUAAAUUACUGAACAGGAUUCCUGAUAUUAAUGGCAGUAAAGGAUCUUCUGGGAUUAUUCUUCUGGUCUCUAACAUAACAUUUAGCUUCUGUAUAAGACUUCACACUGUAAUUCUCAAGAAAAAAAUAUUUCAAGGCUGAUUAAUUUCAUUGCUGACUUCUGCAAUACCAUGCUUACCUUCCUACAAAAAGCAGUAAUGACUAACAGCACUGAAGUAAAACAGAUAUUUAUAUCAUCCUGUUGUUCUGACUGCUUCAUAGCAGUAAUGAUGUACUGACUGAAUUUUUUUAAAAAAGCAAAUAGUAAGGAUCUUGUAUAUCGCGGGAUCAUGUCAGGUGGAUUAGGUAUUCCUGAAUUCCACCACGUAUACUGAUGAAAUUGUCCUGAAACCUGAAAACUGCAAGGUGGAAGGGCAUAGGGGGAACUGUUCGUUCAUGCCUAAAGUCAGUCUGUUGCAUUUGGUGAACAAUAAGGGACUGUAACACUAUAUCCAUGUAGCAUCAGACUCCUACCACUUAAAAUAAAGAGGCAGGGGUAGGUGUUGCUCCAGGCUGUUUCAUGCUAGACACGUGGCAUGCUGCAGUGUGAGACAUGCUGCAUACCUCACAUCUUGCAGGGGAGCCCAGCACUACUCUGGAAUGUAAUGUCUCCUAGGUACUGGCUGAAGUUCUGCUGUCAGAGCUGAACUUGGAUGGUUGCACUUAUAUUCCAAGACCAAAGAUAGCAUUUAGAGCAAGCCAAAGAAAUCAGAAGCAAGUCGAUAUCUAAUAAAAGAUCAGCCCUCAAUAGCAAUGUGUUGAAAUGUCUGUCUUUAUGAAUUGACUUGAGCCUGUGUUUCUCUCAAGAGCUUUUGUUAUCUGAAUAUAAUUGUUUGUUUUAUGCCAAAUUUAUUAUUUUUAAUGAACUUGCCACAGGCUGUAGCUUAGUAUAGGAUUAGAUUUACCCUCAGACUCUGAGAACUACAAGUGAAAGCCAGUGAUACCUGAAAGAGGCAGCUAGAGGUUUCAUGGGCAGUGACUACCACCAAUCUCUCUAGUACUUCUGACCAAACUCAUCUCCCACGACUGCUCUCCAUGAAUUUGUUUUUUUCAUAGGUUUUAGAGACUGUGCCUCUUGCCUCAACAGAUCUUUUGUUCUAAGAUGGACAAAUACGAGGGAAAUAACAAACAGGAUUGACUUUAUAUACCUUCUUACAACUGAAUAAAUUAGACAUAGAGACAUAGAUAUUUUAGCUUAGUUUAAGAUAGGUAGAUUUUUUUGUUUUCUCCUCCCCAGAAUAUAGCUACUAUUGCUGCAAGGCCUCUCAAUGCCUUCUGAAAGUUUUCUGAAGGAAAGAACACAAAUAGACCAUGGAAGAAAUAAAAGACGUUUGGCAGGGGCAGCAGGUACAAGUAUUAACCAAAGGGGAAAAGCUUGCAGGCACUUUUUCUUUUCUGGCAUAGGGUGAAGAAUGCAGCUGAAAAGACCUCAGGCUGGUUCCUUCUGAAUGAGGAUGUCUGGAAAGUGUGCAUGGAGAGAGCAGGAGUGUGUUGCGUGUUUUCACACCCUUUUUUAGACUUAGUGUGGGAUCUGAUAUGUUUCCCUGUCACGUGAGUAGCUGCAGAACAUGAACAAAAUGUUUACAAAUUGCAUGAAGGUUAAAGUUUGUUUGCCUGGGAAGAGAAAGUAAUAAGGCUACUGCUUCGUAUCAGAAACAAAAGUUUUACAUGUUUUUUAUAUAUUGAAAACAGUGGAGUUGAUCCAGUGCUUUGAUAUUUAUAAGGAUUUUAUCAAAAUAAAAAAUG